UGCACAUCGAAAAAUUGUUGGUUGGGAGAAUCUAUAAAUUGUCCUAAAGGAAAUAUUAUAAGAGAUAUUUCUCCUACAGCUUCGUACAAUAAACUCAAGAUGGUUUUGGCCACCCUCAGGUUGUUGUUCUUAAUAUUUACAGCAUAAGUACGCUACCUGCUACAAAUAAGUAAUAGGCCAGGUUAGGUUAGAGAUAGAGGGUAUUGUAUUACACUUUAAAUCUACUGAAGGGAUUCUUGAAGGUUACAAUGUUGGAUUUGUUAGUGACUCUUUGGGGGAUCCUGGGGAGUGCAGCACCGCCUGGCCAGAAGGUUUGAUUAGUAACCCUCGAUAAAUGUAGUGGACACAGCCAGAAAUGUAGCAAGUCGUUGGCAGCGCUGCUCAAGAAUAACAGCAACACUCGCUGCCACUGCAGCCAGUCAUCAUCUCCACCACCAAACGGUGCCAAUGUAUGAGCCAGAUGUCUGAGUCAGCCAGUCCCCAGAGAGCCCCGUCAUCAUUGGCAAGAUGGACCAUCGCCACCACCGCUACCCGUGCUGCAUUGUGUGGACGCCACUGCCUCUCCUCACGUGGUUCCUGCCAUUCAUUGGACACAUGGGCAUCGCGUACACUUCGGGGGUGAUUCGGGACUUUGCGGGGCCCUACUUUGUAUCAGAGGACAACAUGGCGUUUGGCUGGCCCACUAAGUACUGGAUGCUGGACCCCUACAGAGCACACGGGGGCCCUGCAGCGUUUGACAAUAGCAUCCAGCUCGCCUCACAGGAGUACCAGGGAAGAAUGCACAAUUUGUUCUGCGACAACUGCCACUCACACGUUGCCAUGGCUCUCAACCUGAUGCACUACGACAGCAGCUCUCACUGGAACAUGGUCAAGCUGUGUUUCCUCAUGCUUAUUCACGGGAAAUAUGUCAGUUUCAUGGGGUUCAUUAAGACAUGGUUGCCAUUCUUGUUCGUCGCUGGAGGAAUUAUGGCGCUGGUUCUGCUGGUGUGAGGCGAGAGGUCCUCACUGCAAGGCCACAACAUGAUGAAGUAAGAUUGACAAGCACACACACACAUGGGGACUAGUGGCAGUGCUCCGUUAUGUCGACCACCACAGACUUGCGCCAUCCGAAGAGGAAGUAACCAAGCCCCGCCCCGAGCACCGUCGCUAUGCACAGCCACACGUUGUAGGUCAUGAAGAUCAGCAUGAGCAAGUAACUCACGAUCAUCUGGACCAUGUGUAGCAGAGUUUGGAUUCCGUGAUCUACACUUAACAUAUUCAUCCUGCAAGAGGAAUGUAGCUGUGAGUCUGAGCAAGCUGUGUCACCUCUUAUCUUCAGUCCCAGACAAGUCUAUAGUUAAAAACUUUGUCUCAUGUGACUGUUGUGAGUUCAAAUGGGUUUUACAGAUAUAGUAAGAUAUUUUUAAAAGGAAGUGCAACUAGUCCUUCCCAUAAAUACAUCGUUCACCUCUUCUCUUCAGUUCCCAGAAAAGUCUAUGGUUAAAAACUUUGUCUCGUGUGACUAUUGUGAGUUCAAAUGAGUUUUAAAGAUAGGGCAUUUUUUUUUGAAAAGAAGUGCAACUAGUCCUUCCCAUAAAUACAUGUGGGAUAACUCAAUGCUGAUGAGUGUAAGUAAAUAAGAUAUGUGAAAGCUGAGUGCAAUUAAGUGUAAGACAAAAAACCGAGUGCUAUAUGAUCUAUUAAAGACAUCACAGCACUAUAUAAGCUGGAGGUCAGUGCCAUACUAGUGCUGUGGCAGCAGGCCAUGCUGUGCUGAUGCAAGAUACAGACCACAGGAGAGAGGAAAGAAGAAUCACAUAUGGAUAAUAUUACUGGAAUGUUACACGAGUCAUAUUUCAAGAACAUCAAACAAAGGAGAGGGAAGGAGAAUCAUUAUAAUCCUUGUGAUAUUUAUGGAUCAACAUCAACACAUGCAGAAAAGUAAAUGUAAAAGCUAUUGCUACUUAUAAAAAGGUGUCAAAGAAGGUAAUUAUGACGAAGAAUAGUAUGCGAGUGUGACAAGAUGAAUAGUUUGCUUCAUUUAGUAUUGUGACUUGUAGUAAACAUCUUAAACGGUGUUUGUGACAAACUGUUAUAGAUAUCAUGUUUUUUACUCCUUUGUUAUUUAUUUUAAUUUUAUGACCAUUUUUGGCACCAAAAUGGUUUGAUCUGUGUUCGAGUUUGUAGGAGUUAAACUAUGUGAAUUUCAGUGUAUUUCCUGUACUAAAUGUGAAGAAAAGCAUCUUUAGACAAUGAAAGAACUUGGCUUGACAAUUGACAGGGAAAAGAAAGCAUAUGACAAUUUAAUAAGGUUGUGAUGUAUUCUAUAGGGUCAUUAAAGGGGCAAUAGAAUGUGUAGGUUAAGCAAUUUCAUUUUUCUGCUGAAGUAGGAAUGUGAAAGAUAUUGUGUGUUAUUUUUACUCCUGUUUUUAUUGUAGAUUAUUUUAUGAGGGGAGUCACUGUGGCUUGUAAAACAUACUGUGGGUCAAGAGAGAAUGAAUGGGUAAGAGAAUUCAGAGAGAGAGAAUAAAUUGAUGAAUUUGCAGUUUCAUCCAACCAUGAAAUCUGAUGUGGCUUUUGUUUUUCUGGUGAGAAAUAUAGUGAAUCAAUUGAUUCACUAUAUUUCUCACUAUAUAUAUGUUGAAAAUUAACAUUUUUCAUAUUACAACUUUUUUCAACUCUAGAAAUUAAUAUUUACCUCUCAUUGCCAAUGAUCUUGGGGGACCUGUGGGAAAUUGGGGUCUUUGGGUGGGGUGCAUUAAACUGGGUAAUGCACGUUGCAAAAGGUCGGAAAUCAACAAAAUUACAUUAAAAACUCCAAAAAUACAUUGGUGGUGGAGAUGGCAGCAACAAGCAUUGCUUUGUUUGUGUUGAGUGGCCUUGCCCAUUCUACAUUUCCAUCCAUUACAUAGCCCCAAAGGUCACUUACUAACCAAGCUGCAGCCACCAAAAUAUUUUCUGAACAGUUUUGUGAUUUUGUUGAUUUUCAACUUUUGCAACACACUCAAUUUAAUGCUUCCCAUCAAAAAACCCUGAUUUCCCACACGUCCCCCAAGAUUGUUGGGAAGGAGAUUCAGGCAUAAGUUGGCGUUAAAACAAGUCAUAAUUAAUUAAUUUGUAAAAGAACUUAUAUAUUACUCGUCAAUCAAUUCAGUACACUUCUCACCAGAAAACAUGAGUCACAUCACCAAUUCUAUGACUGGGUGAACCUGCAAACUGACCAAAUGUAAAGACAGCAUUCAUUCUUCCCCCAGCUGCUGAGUGUAGACAAGACAGUAUUUCCAAUCAGAGGAGGAUGGCAUAUCAAUACACUAUACUCCCAGUC